UAAACCCUAAUGCCACAUGCUGACUAUGCACCCACCUGAUACCAGUGAGCGACUGUGUGUUCCUUAUCUUGUAUACAACACGCAGCUCUCUCCUGUUGCACACGUUGCAGCUGAUAAUAUUAUUCAUUGUUAAUUUAUUAUUAUUAUUUUUGCCCCCCCUUGGAAAACAUUCUGCGGACGCCCAUGCCUGCAGCACAAUUUCCUCUCCUCUGUGUAGAUGACGUUGAAGUAGCAGAUCCAAAACUGUAAGUCAGACACCAUAAUGUAAAAUACAUAGCUGCCAGGGCACUGAUUCUUCAGGCUUUAAACUCCCCCGGAUAUAGAAGAAUCUUCAGCACAGGAAGAAUGGUCAUAGGUGGGAGCACCUCUUGCAAAAGACAAUGAAUAUAGGUGGCAGUGCCCCAUUUUUAAAGACAGGUAACACCUUUAGAUGACUGACUAGUGGUACUGAUCCAGCACCAGCUGCUCCAGUUUGUCCCAGUAAUCCUCUGACAGAAACUCUUCCAGCAUAAACAAAACUCCUGCCCAAACGACUCACUGUCAUAUUAACUCUUCUGUGCCCGGCACCUGAAAGAGGAGCCCAGGGGACAAGACCCAGUUAUCUGGGAAUUAAAAAGGAGAUCUAUAUAUCCAUCAGCAGCAUGGUUAGUGACAGAGAGGGAACUCUGUUUAUUUAAGAUGUCCAGCAAGAAGAAUGCCUAAAAAAAAGUCUUUGAAAAACUUCCAACUGUGACAGGUGCGGCUGAGAGCGUAAGACAUCCGACCCCCUCCCACUGGAUCAUAUCUAUAUCACAGGGCAAGUCAACAGCUAUAUCAGGGCAGGAGCCACAGGGAUCAACUCACAGUGACUGGACCUUUAUUCUGAGUGACCUGCUUCUCUAUAUACAGGAGCUGAGCUCUGGCAAGUCUUCAAGGAUGUCAAAUGUACAGAGUGAGCCAGAUGGACAUACAGAUGAAGAUGCUACAACAAUUUUGGACUCAGGGGGAGGACAAGAAGAAAACAAACAAACCCUGGAUUCUCAGGAAAGCCCUCCAUUUCCUUGUCUGGAUACCAACCCAGAGAAGGACUGCAGUGUAAAUGAAAGCACAGCUACCUCUUUAGAGUCUCACAGUUUACAGAAAGCAAAGAGUGGCACCAACAAAGUAGAUACUUCCAACCCUGUGCGUCCCCGAGUUACUCCGAUGCUGAAGCUCAAUCUGUCAGAAGCAACAAUAUACAAUGAGGAAACCUCUGGCAAACCUUUGGACAUGGAACUACUUUGUUCAGAACCAAUGGACACAGACUCACAGAAUCAUGAAAUAACAGAUAAAGCCACUUAUGAGUUAUCAAUAAUACCAGGAGUCCCAGAUAAAAUCCCACAAAGUCCAGUUAUCAUAAUUGGUGAAGAUGUAUUCCAAGUGAUUGAUGAUUGCCCACCCCCGCCAGCUCCCUUUCCUCAUCGGUUUGUGACUCUUGCACCCGGAACAGUGGAAGAACUUUACAGUUUAAACAUGAAGGAAAUCCUAGGGGGGGGACGGUUUGGAGAAGUUCAUGUCUGCACAGAGAAGUCCAGUGGUAUGAAACUUGUGGCCAAAGUUUUGAAGAUCCAAACUGGCCAAGAGAGGGAGAUGGCUCUGAAUGAGGUCCAAGUGAUGAACCAAUUAGAUCAUCGAAAUAUAAUCCAGAUGUUUGAUGCUCUGGAGACUCCAAGUGCCAUCUUCCUCUUCAUAGAAUAUGUGGAGGCAGGCGAGUUGUUUGAGAGGAUUAUUGAUGACAAUUUUGAGUUAUGUGAAGUAGAUGCCAUGGUAUAUACACGACAGAUCUGCGAGGGUGUCUUCUACAUGCACCAAAUGUAUGUGCUGCAUCUGGACCUCAAGCCAGAGAAUAUCGUCUGUGUGUCCCCUAUUAGCCACAUGGUGAAAAUAAUUGACUUUGGACUUGCUCGAAAGUACAAACCACGGGAGAAGCUAAAAGUCUCCUUUGGGACACCGGAAUUUCUCUCCCCUGAAGUUAUCAAUUUCGACUUUGUAUCUUUUCCUACUGACAUGUGGAGCAUCGGAGUCAUUACAUACAUGAUGGUUAGUGGUCUCUCCCCAUUUCUUGGUGACAAUGAUCCAGAGACCAUGAAUAAUAUCUUGAAUGGUGACACUGGAUUUGAGGAGGAGUCAUUUGAGUCAGUGUCUGAUGAAGCCAAAGACUUUAUAUCCAAUCUUUUAGUGAGGGAGAAAGGUGGACGUAUGAGUGCAGCCCAGUGUCUCAGACAUCCUUGGCUUAAUGACCUGGAGAGGAAGGCGAAGCUUUGCAACAGACUCCUGAAAUCACAGCUUGAGCUGCGGAAAUAUAUGAUGCGGAGACGCUGGAAGAAAAACUUUUUUGCAGUGACAGCGGCAAACAGGUUUCUGAAGUCCAGCAGUUCUGGGUGUCUGAGCCCUCUGGCAGAGUGAAGAGGGAGCAGACACAGUUCCUCAUGUUCCUGACAUUGAAGAGUGAAGAAGAGGGUUGUGUUGUCAGAAGAGGGUUGUGUUAUAUAUGUCUAAGUGAUGAAGCUAAUCUAUAUGUACAGUAUGUCUGCCCCUGCUAGAUGUAUGAGGGAAGGGCAAAGCCUCUCAUCUGUCUCAACUUAGGAGGUGGCUUGAGGGGCCCAGUCUGAUUCAGUUCCUUGUGUGUGAGUGUUGUUGUUUUUUUCAUUAUGCUGAAGGAAAUAUGAAUGUAAGAUAAGAUGUUAGAUGAUCACCUCCUGAAAUCCUCCAUGUAUGUUUUCCACUUAUGUCAAUCACCUCAAGUCCCAGUGCUGUACAGGAAUCUGCAACCUUUUUUUUUUUUGCUCCCUAUUCAGAUGUUUUUCUUUUUUAGUGCUGAUUAACUUUAGUCAUGUAAUAAAAAAAAUCUUUACAGUC